CAGACCCCCCUCAGCUCAGCGGGGGCCCCGCUCCAAGCAGAUGCAGAGCAGGGAUGAGGUCUGACUCGCAGCGUGUUGUGUGUUUUCGGUGGGAUGAUUUCAUCAAAACUAAGUGUGUGCCCGGCGAAGAUUCAGGUUCCGCUCCGGCUUUAAAUGUGCGUGUAAACCGCGGACAGAGGAGAGCGGAGAGAAAGUGAAUUUCGGAGCAUUUCGAAUCACUUUUGUUGGACACACGAGUCCGGACCGCUGCUGCCGCUAACCUGCUCUUUGUGCUGCGGGUUGCUGCUGUUUCCUUCAGGGAGAAAGCUUUCUCGCUCCCGAGUGGUCUCCAUGCCUUUUCCAAAUGCUCACUCUAUCUAUAAUUUAUCUCUCCCUGUGUCUUCCUCCUCAUCCUCCCUUCUUCUCCCAAGGCUCCAAGAUAGAUUUCCUCAGGAGUAAAGUGGACCUGCUGCGCCUCCCUCUGGCCCUCUCUUCCAAGUCCAUCAGCAACUGCAAGAGCCAGUUGGGAGUGGUUUGGGACAAGGGCGGUUUAGGGACAGGAGUGGCACGGAAACUCCACCCGCCGCCGACCACUGACAUGGAUAACGAGUCAACGUACUCGGGCUACUCUUACAAGUCAUCGCACUCGAGAAGUUCCCGCAAACACAGGGAGAGAAGGGACAGGCAUCGCUCAAAGACUCGUGAUGGCAGCUUCCGUGGAGAGAAAUCGGUGGUCAUUCAGGCUCCGGGGGAGUCGCUGCUGGAUGCAGAUUCCCCCAGAGAAGAUGACAGGGAUGACAACUGGGGUGAAACCACCACAGUGGUCACUGGCACCUCCGUGGACAGCAUCUCGAACGAGGACCUGACACGGCUAUCUAAGGACUUAGAGGACUCUUUGCCACUGGGGUGCCGGCGUUACAUCAGCCCAGCGCUGGGUGUGGUUCUGGGGCUCAUCUCUCUGAUCACUCCUCUGGCCUUCUUGGCCAUCCCGCAGAUUUUGUGGCGGGAUUCGCUGGACCCCUGCGGCACUCCGUGUGAAGGCCUGUACAUUUCACUUGCUUUCAAGCUCCUAAUCCUCCUCUUCUCCACGUGGGCACUGUUCCUCCGCCCAGCCAGAGCCACUCUGCCACGCUUCUUUGUGUUUCGCUGCCUGCUGCUUGCACUAGUCUUUCUCUUUGUGGCGUCCUAUUGGCUCUUCUAUGGAGUGCGAGUGCUGGAGCCCAGAGAGACAGACUACAGGGGGAUUGUGGGCUACGCAGCAUCUUUGGUGGAUGCAUUGCUAUUCAUUCAGUACUUGGCCCUGGUGCUGCUGGAGGUCAGACACUUGCAGCCUGCUUUCUGUCUGAAGGUUGUGAGGAGCACAGAUGGAGUCAGCCGCUUCUACAAUGUGGGGCAUCUCAGUAUUCAGAGGGCCGCAGUGUGUGUUCUCGAUCAGUACUACAGUGACUUCCCGGUCUAUAACCCUGCUCUGCUUAACCUGCCCAAGUCCAUCCUCACCAAGAAAAUGUCUGCUUUCAAAGUCUACAACCUGGGCGAAGAGAACAGCACCAAUAACUCCACAGGGCAGUCCAGAGCCAUGAUUGCAGCCGCCGCUCGGAGAAGAGACAAUUCCCACAACGAGUACUAUUAUGAGGAGGCAGAGGUGGAGCGCAAAGUCCGCAAACGCAAAGCCAGACUGGUGGUGACAGUAGAAGAAGCCUUCACCCACAUCAGACGUCAUCAGGAGGAAGACGCAGCUACGUCCUCUCCCAAACAUCCGCGGGAGGUGAUGGACCCCAGGGAGGCAGCUCAGGCCAUCUUUGCCCCCAUGGCGCGGGCCAUGCAGAAGUACCUGCGUGCCACCCGGCAGCAGACUUACCACAGCAUGGAGAGCAUCAUCAGCCAUCUGCAGUUCUGUAUUACGCACAACAUGACCCCCAGGGCUUUCCUAGAGCGUUACCUCGCCCCUGGUCCCACCCUGCAGUACCUGGACAACAACAGAGGGCGUCAGUGGACUCUAGUGAGUGAGGAGCCAGUGACCGCCUCUUUGUGUCAAGGCCAGGUCUUCAGCCUGCGACGCCUUGACUUUUCUCUGGUUGUCACAGUAACGCCACUUCCCUUCUUGCGCCUAGCCGAGGAGUUCAUUGACCCCAAAAGCCACAAGUUUGUCAUGAAGCUUCAGUCAGAGACGUCUGUGUAGGAGGAGAAAGGUCAUUGGGCAAGACAAAGGAGGAGGACGGUGAAUCAAAAGUAAUAUCAGGGGGCUGUAUGUCUGUUUUUGUGGUAUGACAAAUCUGCUUGCCAUAAUUAUCAAUCAUAGAGGAGUGCGAAACGGAAAAGGCUGCACUGACAUAAACAUAGAAACACGCCAAGGCCACAGCAACAACAGACCACUGACCUUCUUUCAUUUUCACACUUGCUUCGAAAACUGAUGACUAUUAAUUUCUGCAGGCCUGUUUCUACUUCCUCUUGUUCCAUUUUGUUUGGUCAGAAAUUUGCUUUAAACUAGACUUUGGCCAAAUUAGUUACUCCUGAACCAUUCAUCUACUGUCCACCUGAGAUAAAUCCACAUAGGGUAUUGAUUGGGUGUCAAAAAUAUUCUUAUUGUUCGUGCUGACCUUUGUGUACAAUCAGACUUGAAAGGCUUCCUCAGGCUUCAGCUUGGUUCUCUUUUUUCUAUUUUUUACUUGAGCGUCUUGUUCAGUUCCUUUCAGACAAUAAAAAUGCUACCUGACAUUUAUAGACUGCUUUCAUUGCCUAAAUGAGGAGACAUGAAACAAUUUUGGACUCUUCCUUCUUUGAAUUCUUAUUACAUUGAAAUAUUAACUGAAAAGGGGAAAUACCUUCUUUCCAAUGAAUCUGAAAUUUCCAAGUAGUGAUAACACAAUUUAGAAUUGUUCUUUUAUAAGUAACACUAUGGCUACAGCUUUUAUUGGCUCCCAUCAAUCAUACCUGCAGCCAUAAAUGUAAUGCAAAAGAAAAUAAGUGAAUGUACGUAGUCACUGUACUUCACUGGUGUGUGCAUGACUGAACGUAGGUGGAUCACCAGUUGGAUUAAAAAUAAAUGCCCCAAGCGGGUCAUAGAAGUCCAUAUGCAGUAUUCGUGCAUAGUAUUCCUUCAAACCCCUGUAAACAAACUUUAAUGUAAAUUUGGGACGCUUAGCCUGUAAAUUGUUGAGUUUACACCAUACUAAUUGUCCUUAAUUUGCUUAGAAUGUGUUCAAAAAUAUAUUUUUUUGUGCUUUUGCUUGAAUGUUAAAUUCACCAGUUAUAGUAGUUGCAGGACAUGUAGUCAUGUAGUCUUGUCAUUUAUGAACAAUUCACAUACACGUUUGAAGUGUUUCUUCUUUUAAAAAAAUUUUUUAUCAGUUGUUUUGCUGUUUUUGUACUAAAACUGACCUCUAAUACUUGUCUCAACAGGUCACGGUCUCUUAAAA